UCCGUGUUAUCCCAGCAGCAAAGACAAAUCUUCCCAUCAUCAUGUCAACCAAGUUCAAGCUAACCACCGUCUCAUCAAGUGGUCGUUGCCUCCGCCGUCCACGCCGCCAGUUCCUCUUUCCGGAUGGAAUACGAUGCCCUAUGGAUUGGAGACAUUUUGGCAGAGCGCGUUUUGCUGGUUCUUUCGCCCGUUUGUAUCCGCACACGGACAUCUGUGGACAUUGGAACCCACAGAACUUCCUCCGCUAUCCGUCGAGUGGCCGUGGCAUUCAACUUCUUUCUCUGCCAAAGUUCGGUUCCAGUGCAAGUGCACUAGAGGAUGGACGUCGAUGAAGGGGCGGGUCUCAUUUUGGUUUCGCAUCCGUCGCCAAGGCGACCAGGUCCUGUGUGAAGCGUUAUUUAAAUUAUUUGGUCAAAAAUGUAGCAUCUGUAACCAGCCAGACUCGUUCAAUGAGUCUGAAUUUCUGACUCCACUUUGGUACCCCGAAGAAAUAGAAAAUGCCAUUAGGUUGCUGGCUAGCCACGUUUCCACGUCCUAUUACGGUGAGCAAAGAAAUGCGCAAGAUAUCUACAAUAUCGUUCGUAUUCGACUCAGUCAACCCAGAAAAAAAUCUCUGGCGGUUCAUCAUGAUCCCGUUCGCUGUCAAGCUUGUCUCUAUGGAUCUUGUGCAACCAUCCCAUUGUCCAAUAAUUGUUAAAUGUUGACUUCAUU